AUGUCCCUUGUCUCUCCCAUCGUCGCCCCGAGCAGAAGCAAUUCCUCCAGCUCCGCAGCGAGCCCCGACCUGGCUGCCACCCACCUCGCCUCGCGCAAACGCAGCUUUGCCAAAGUUGCCGAGCCGGCUCUCACGCCUGGCUCGCCCCUGGCCGAGAGCUCCGAUGCCAGCGAGGCUGCGUUCUCGCCCUCGGCUUCGUCGCGGCGCUCCUCCAAGAAACGCCGUUCCGAUUUCCACGCUCCCAUCUACCGCCGCUGGACCCACCAAGAAGACGCCCUGCUCCGGAAUGCCGUUGCCGAGUUUGGCUCCAAGAGCAACUGGGCCAAGGUCGCCCAGCAGGUGCCUGGUCGCUCAGCAAUGCAAUGCUCGACCCGAUGGUCGGGGGCCCUCAAUCCCGCCAUCAAGAAGGGCAAGUGGACCAAGGAGAGCGACGAGUCGCUGAUUGCUGCCUAUACCAAGGCCGUCGAGGCUGUUGGUGGCAACAAGGAAGCUGUGAAUUGGUCGUCCAUCGCAGAAUGCGUACCCGGCCGCACCGGCGUGCAAUGCAUGGCGCGAUAUCUUGAAGCGCUCGACCCCAGCGUCAGGAAAGGUAAAUGGGGUGCUGAAGAAGACCAGCUGCUCAGGACCGGCUUGAAAGAGCUGGGCCUGCGCUGGGUCGAACUUGCCAAGAGAAUCCCCGGUCGCACCCAGCGCCAGUGCCGCACCCGAUGGAUCCAGAUCCGGGACACUCUGUCCGAGGACGGAGGACGGUAUUACAGCCGCCCAAGCAAGCGCAAGAAGACCUCGCGCGACUCGGCCGCCUGGCCCGGAUCAGUCCGUGCCUCGCACGCCGACCUUCUCAGCACCGACACCACUUCUAUGGAACUUCACCCCGAAUGCGACAUUUACGCAGAGAUCAAGGCUGAAUCCCCGGACGAGCCCAGUUCUUGGGAUGUGGGCGCCAGCGACUCGUUCUCCGAUUCGUUUGGUGACGACACUGACCUGCCGCCAACCUCCGUCAGCCAGCAGAACUCCCAGCUGUACUUCUACUCAGGCAGCUCCGACAUGCCCUCAUUGAUGAUGGACGGGAUCUGA